AUGAAAGUGAAAAGGGGCACGCCGAAGAAUAAAUGGACACAGGAUGAAGACUUAGUUAUUAUAUCACAAGUUGAACUUCAUGGACUUCAAAAUUGGUCUGAAAUUGCUUUAGCUCUUCCUGGAAGAACCGGUAAGCAGUGUAGAGAAAGAUGGAUAUUUGCGCUAUGUCCAGAACUAAAUAAAGAGAAAUGGACAGAUGAUGAGGAUAACACACUUAUUGAAUUACAGCAUCAAUGUGGCAAUAGGUGGUCUUAUAUUAGUAAAUAUCUCCCAGGGAGAUCUACAUUCGCAAUUAAGAAUAGAUGGUCAUUGAUUAAACGUCAUAGCCAAUCGAAAAGAAAAGAACACAAACAAAUCAAGAUUGAAAAAAUUGCAAUUAAAGCAGAUACAACAAAUAUAGAAGAACCUAAAAAAGAAGCAGAAUAUAAUUUUCCAAUUCAAGAUAUUGAAACUUUUGAACAGAUAUGGAGUAAGGUAGAUGAUAUGACAAUGAAUUCUCUCUUUAAUUCAUUGUUCAAAUUACCAUGA